UAGGCUGAGCUGAGCGGGGCUGUGCUCUCUCUUCCGCCGUUGGCCGGCUCUCUCGCGUUGGAGAUCAGCGGGUGUGCGGGAGAGGUGGCGGCCCAGCCCGAGACCACCGAGCGUGGCCUUCUGGGGGCGACCCGGGUGCUCAGUGCUGGCCCGUGGGGAGCCGGUGACUUCCACAGUCGCGACGGAAGCCCCUUCGGGGCGCCAGCUGUUAGCGGCAGCGCCCUGCGCCAGACUUGGCAGUACAAAAGUUCUGUUGUGCCUGUGGAGGUAGGAAAAUGAAUCAAAGGAUCAGGCUGCAGUUUCGCUGCCUAACCCGGAGUCUCCGAUUUCCAAGUCUGCUUUUUCUGGGUGUGGCCUGCCACGCUGGCGCUCGCUGCCUUUUGCAAUCCGUUCUGGGAGGAAGUACUGGCCUUCUGCAGCACUCCAGUAACGAGUCAGAGCGCGAGCAGGGCUAUUGCGACACGGAAGAUAGACUGGCCCCAACUCUCGACUUUUGGACCCUGUCUUCUGAAAACCUUAUAGCUGUGUUUCCAGUUGAUCCUGUUAAAGAAAAUUAUGUUCGUAAAGUGGAAAAUUGUAUAUUUUCAAUCGCCUUCCCUACUCCUUUCAAAUCAAGAGUACAUCUUGUAGCAGUUUCAAAGAAUGUUCUCGAAGACCUUUUGGACCUUGAUGUAUCUGUCUCAGAAACGGACGAUUUUGUUCAGCUUGUAAGCGGUGGAAAGAUAGUGUUUGGAUCUGUUCCACUGACUCAUAGGUAUGGGGGCCACCAGUUUGGGGUAUGGACAGAUCAGCUUGGGGAUGGAAGAGCUCACCUUAUUGGAAUUUACACAAAUAGGCAGGGUGAAAAGUGGGAGCUCCAGUUAAAGGGCUCAGGAAAGACCCCAUACUCCCGAAGUGGUGAUGGUAGAGCAGUACUUCGCUCCUCAGUGAGAGAAUUUUUGUGCAGUGAGGCUAUGCAUGCCCUGGGGAUUCCAACCAGCAGGGCUGCAAGCCUGGUUGUAAGUGAUGAUGAUGUAUGGCGAGAUCAGUUCAACAGUGGAAAUAUCAAGAAAGAGCGAGGUGCAGUUGUGCUUCGUGUUGCAAAAUCAUGGUUUAGAAUUGGAUCAUUAGAAAUUUUGGCUCAUUAUGGUGAACUGGAUUUAAUGAGGAUACUGUUAGACUUCAUCAUACAGGAGCACUUUCCAUUAAUAGAUGUUAACGAACCUAAUAGAUACGUGGAUUUUUUUUCAACAGUAGUAUCUGGAACAGCGCAGCUUAUUGCCUUAUGGAUGUCUGUUGGUUUUGCUCAUGGUGUUUGUAAUACUGAUAACUUCAGUUUGUUAUCCAUUACUAUUGACUAUGGUCCAUUUGGCUUUAUGGAGGCCUAUAAUCCAGACUUUGUACCAAAUACAUCUGAUGAUGAAAGAAGAUAUAAAAUAGGAAAUCAGGCCAAUGUUGGGAUGUUUAACUUAAACAAGUUGUUACAAGCUCUAAACUUAUUACUGGAUUCUAGUCAAAAGCAGCUUGCUGCUCAGAUUCUUGGCGAGUACCCUGAUCUUUAUUAUACAAGAUUUAGAAAAUUGUUCAAAGCCAAGUUAGGAUUACUUGGAGAAGAGGAGGAGGAUGACGAGUUAGUUGCAUUUCUCUUACAUCUCAUGGGCGAGACAGAAGCCGAUUUUACAAUGACGUUUCGGCAGCUUAGUGAGAUAACUGAGAGCCAGUUACUGCAGCUCAACAUUCCUCAGCAAUUCUGGGCAUUAAAGACAGUUUCAAAGCAUGAACUCUUUCCUACCUGGGUGUCCAAGUACCUUUCAAGACUAAAGAGUAACAUCAAUGAUUCAGAUUCUAAAAGAAGAAAAAGAAUGAUAUCUGUUAACCCUCGUGCUGAAGAACUGGAUGGCUGAGUCUGCCAUACGGAAAGCAGAAAGGAAUGAUUUUUCAGAGGUCCGUCUUCUUCAGCAAGUUCUUCAGCAUCCUUUCCAGAAGCAUUCCGCAGCUGAGAAGGCGGGCUAUGCCUCACCUGCUCCUUCUUGGGCCAAAGACCUCAGAGUUAGUUGCUCAUCUUAAUCUCCAUCUUUCCAAAGGAAAAAUAAAUUCAGGACUACUCUCACUGGACUCAAUAAAAAAUAAUUCAUGUAAUAAAUUACUUUUCCCUUUCCCUUACUUUCUUGCCCCUCCCCUGCCUAGUUCUCCUUUUCAUAACAAAUUCUUCGUGAUUCUCUUCACUUUGAUGACAAUCAAUGAUUGUAUGACCAUAUGUAAUGAUUAUAUAUGAAAAUAUCUUAGUUCUAUAAAUAGGACUUUGUUCUUUGAAACAAAAUAAUGGGAAAAUAAAGUGUUAUUGGUUAAC